AUUCAACCUGUCUGUUUUUCAAAUGAGGAUUUAUUUGCCUUCUAACCUUAUCGAGUGGUGCGUGCCGUUGAAGCGACAUUCUUGCUAUGCGUUUCGUGGACAUUGUCAAGGAGUAUCUGUUCAACUCGACUAUUCAUGGAGUCAAGUUCAUAGCCGAUGAGUCGUACCAUGCAGCCGAGAGAAUCUUCUGGAUCAUCUGCGUCAUCGUGUCCUGGUUCGGGUCGGCACUGCUAAUAAACGCCUCGCUGGAAGCCUUCCGCACCAGUGCCAUCUCGUUCGUGGUGGAAACGAACUACCGCGAUUGGAAUACCAAAUUUCCGGCGAUCGUCGUGUGCGAAAUGCGCAACAUGGAGCGCAUCCAAAUGGUGGCUGACGAGUUAUGGGGCGAAGAUCACGAUUUCGCGAUGGAGGAAGUUCUUAAUGAGAUUGGAUACUUCCGAGGCGAAUCGUACCACACGGUGAACGAGUGCAAUGGUGAUGAACCGGCGGAAAAUUGCUUCUAUUCGAACUUUUCGGACUAUGCCCGGUUGGUGCGGAGUUCUUGUGAGGCGACUUUGGAGGAAUGCUACUGGAAUGACGUGCCGUUCGAUUGUUGCAAAUACUUUCAACCCAUGGAGACGGAACUGGGUCUGUGCUAUGCGGUCAAUUCCGUGCAAACGAGUGCCGAGAAUCCACUGAAAAUAGAUAUGAUUUCGAACAAGUACACUGGUCCAGGGAAAUUGAAGAUCACGGUGCUGACAGAGGCGUACGUUUACACGUUGGGGGAAGAGGACGUCCCUAAUUUGAUAACGCCCAAGUCGGAGGUUCUUCUGAUUGAUUAUUACAUUGCUUACAAGCGUCAAAUUUCCGUCAAAGACAUCGAAAACGACCCGGAAACGAAACAGGUCAGCGUUGAGCAACGCAAAUGCCGCUACCCGGACGAGAACAUCUUGGACGUCCACGCCUAUUACAGCUACAGUGCCUGUUCGGUGCAGUGCAGGAAGGAUAAACAGUUGCAAAUCUGCAAUUGCACCAGUCACCUAAUGCCGAACACAGAUCCCGCCCUCAAGUGCAACAUGACCGGGUUGGUGUGCUUGAAUGCCCACUACGAGGAGUUGACCAUCGUCAUCCCCAAGUGGUCCACCGGGAAGCAGGGGGUCGUCUGCGACUGUUUGCCCUCCUGCACCGAGGUGGACAUCGCCAUCGUACACGAUUCGCGUGAAAGUAUCUACUACCCGGAAAAUCGCUACUCGACCAUCGAGAUCGAACUGCCCGCGCUGCCGACGGAACGCUACAAGCGCAAUGUGGUACGGGGACGGCUCGACCUGGUGGUAUCGGUCGGAGGCACCACGGGACUGUUCGUCGGAGCAAGUUUGCUUUCGUUCGUCGAGAUUGUGUACUAUUUCACGAUCCGUCCCUACGGGACGGUUUUCAUGAGGAAGCAUCGUGGCAAUCAGAGAACUCGUUAGGAGUGCGAUAUUGGAUGUUACAAAGUUGUGGUUUUGUAUUUAUGUAGUGUCUCAUUGAGUAAAAUAUCAUACCUAUUCAACGAGCUAAUUCACGGCUCACAUGAAAUAGAGUUGAUGUGAAGGCAAUCGAAGCAAAGUUCUAAUAUUUGAUGUCACCACAAUAACCAUGUCCUUAUACGAUUGACUCAUACCAUUAGCAUUGACAUUACAAUUAAGUUACCAACACAAGUCCAUUGCAUAAGGAUAGCCUCCUUUUCGUUUGUUACCUAAGGCAAACAUUUAUUACUUAU